AUGAAAAUAUGCAAAAACGCACCCGCCUGCGCGACGUGCAACCUACCUCCACACCAACCAGAAAACUGCAUCAGAACGUCAUGUGCAAACUGUUUUGGUGAGCAUGCAGCCUCGUCCAACUCAUGCCCCAAAUAUCAACAGGCUAAAGACAUUCUAAAAAUAAAAACUGAAAAGAAAUGCUCUAUGCGCGAUGCCCUAAAACUACACAAAAUACAAAAUCCAACGACUGUCACUAAUUCCUUUUCAUUCGCCCAAAAAACUAAAAUACAAGACAAUACCACAGCACAAGAAAAUAAAAGUAACACAAAACUUCCAAAUUCCAACAACUCUACAGCAGAAACUCCCAAAACUACGCUAGAUACCGUAAAAGCAACAACUAGUAAAGAGAGCAUACGAAAUUUUUUAAUAGAACUCAACACUCAGCCAACAAAUAAAACUAAUCUGACGACAACAACUACUAAUACAACAAAACAACAUACUCUUGUUACAUUGGAUCAACACAACGACCACGAUAGCAAGAAAACAGCGAAAACAGAAACUGCGCCAAAAGAAGCCGAUCAUCACAUGUAUAUCGACACGUCUACGUCUACAACAAAUAUAACAAAUACCACGAAUAGAGCAACAAGCAGAGGGAGCCCCAGCAUACUGAGACGAACACCAACAACACAUUUUCAAGUAAACAACAUCAACUUCUAA